AUGGCUGCAAACGGACUUCCUGCUCGGGCGUCGGCCGGCACACAUACCCUGUCCCAGCGCUAUCUCAGCACUCGCGGCGAGGACAAUGACUUCUCCUUCGAAGACGUCGUGCUCAAGGGUCUCGCCUCCGAUGGCGGCCUCUACAUCCCCGAAGAAGUCCCCAAGGCCACCGACUGGCAACAGUGGAAGGAUCUCUCCUUCAACGACCUUGCCUACGAGGUCAUGUCCCUCUACAUCUCCCCGUCCGAGAUCCCUCCCGCAGACCUAAAGGAUAUCAUCGCGAGGAGCUACUCGACCUUCCGCUCUGCCGAAACUACCCCAUUGGUUCAUCUCAAGGAUAACCUCUGGCUCCUCGAGCUGUUCCACGGUCCUACCUUUGCCUUUAAGGACGUUGCGCUGCAGUUCCUCGGAAAUCUGUUUGAGUACUUCCUCAUCAGGAAGAAUGAGGGCAAGACUGGAACGGAUAGGCAUCACUUGACCGUUGUCGGUGCCACCAGCGGAGACACCGGAUCUGCUGCCAUCUACGGUCUCCGAGGCAAGAAGGAUGUAUCCGUCUUUAUCCUACACCCCAAGGGUCGUGUGAGCCCUAUCCAAGAAGCGCAAAUGACUACGGUGCUCGACUCUAACGUCCACAACCUCGCGGUCACCGGAACCUUUGACGAUUGUCAAGACAUCGUCAAGGUUCUCUUUGCCGACCCCGAAAUCAACAAGACCCACAACCUCGGCGCGGUCAACUCCAUCAACUGGGCCCGAAUCCUUGCCCAGAUUGUAUACUACUUCUACUCCUACUUCUCCCUCGCCAAGUCGAACCCCUCUUUCUCCGUCGGCGACAAGGUCCGCUUCGUUGUCCCCACUGGCAACUUUGGUGAUGUUCUAGCUGGCUACUUUGCCUACCGCAUGGGUCUCCCCGUCGACAAGUUCGUCGUCGCGACAAACGAGAACGAUAUCCUCGACCGGUUCUUCAAGACUGGUCGCUACGAGAAGAAGCCUAUGAUCACCGCGGCACCGGCAGCUACCGGCGGCGAAGACGCCGGCGUCAAGGAGACCCUGAGCCCGGCCAUGGACAUCCUCGUAUCGAGCAACUUUGAGCGUCUGCUGUGGUUCCUCGCAUACGAAUUCGCCGAGACCGCCGGCAUGGACGACGAAUGGAACAAGAAGCAGGCGGGCCAGGAAGUCACGCAAUGGCUCAAGGAUCUCAAGACGAAGGGCGGCUUCGGACCCGUAUAUCAGGACGUCAUCUCGAGCGCCCGGCGGUCCUUCGAGAGCGAGCGCGUCAGCGACGCCCAGACCGUCGACACCAUCAAGGGAUUCUACAACAACCUCCAGUACGUUCUUGACCCCCAUUCGGCUGUCGGCGUCACGGCGUCCGAGCGCUCGAUAGCGCGCUCCGAUAGCAAGCUCCCGCACAUCUCGCUGUCUACGGCGCACCCUGCCAAGUUCGCCGGCGCUGUCGAGUUGGCCCUCAAGGAGGAGCCGAGCUUCAAUUUUACGGAAAAGGUCCUCCCUGCGGAGUUUGUUGGGCUCGAUAAGCGCGAGAAGAGGCUUACUGAGGUGGAGAAUGAUUGGCAGAAGGUGCGGGAUAUUGUGCGGAACCUGGUCGACGAGGAGCUUAAGGCGUAA